AUGCGGCCUAGAAACCAGAUACAAGACAUGCAUGACUCGACUGGAUCUUCACUGAUGUGGCGGAUCGUGAACUACACCAAGACGCGGCGCCCCUUUUCAUUAUCAUCUAUGGAUUUCACCGAUCUGUGUAUCAAAUCAGAUGCCCAAACGCUCAUUCGAGCCAUCAAUUCGCAGGAGCAAAUCAAGGAAGUCUAUGGUCUUCUUUUUGAUAUCAACUCUCUUGCAUCUCUAUGCAACUCGAUCACUUUCACCUUUGUCCCGAGAGAAAGCAAUAGAGUAGCAGAUUGUAUUGCAAAGAAAUCUUUAACCAGUUGUUUUCCCGGUCUACUUCUUGCACCUGCUCCAGUUUAA